UUAACAUGGCGCCGAUCGGUCGUAGAAUCAGCCGUGUCUGUGUUACGUUGACCAAGUACUAGUUAUCUCCAUCAGUCCUGAUCCACCAGAGUCCCUGGACGUCUGGAUAAAUCUCUGACGGCUCUGACAGCUUUUUUCCUGGAUAUUUUCCCUCUGAAUCACCUCCCGGUAGCAUGCAAAACUAUUAAAGUUAGCUUAGCAUGCUAGCCUGAAACGGACCGAAGUUAGCAACACGGAGAUAGUCCGAGUUUAACAGAGAGAAAACUGUUUUAAAAAAAAUUCUUGCGAGGAAACGUGUCUUUGAUUCAGAGAAGAUGUCUAAAGUCCAUGUGCUGAGAUAUUUAGUGAAGCAACGACUCGCGGAGACUGGUGAAGAGAUAUUUGGGCUGUUUGAAAGAACGAUAGCAGAGUACGAGGAGGAAGCUUCUAGAUUAAAAGAGAACAACGAGCGACUGAAGAAAUGUCUGCACCCUGUUUUAAACCCGAAAGUCCACAUAGAAAGAGAAGAUGUCCAGCAGCUCUUUGUGCCUAAAGAAGAGCAGCAGGAGGAUCCAGAGCCCCCCCACAUUAAAGAGGAACCUGAGGACCCAGAGCCCUCACACAUUAAAGAGGAACCUGAGGACCCAGAGCCCUCACACAUUAAAGAGGAACCUGAGGACCCAGAGCCCUCACACAUUAAAGAGGAGAAGCUUCAAGGGCUGGGGGAGGCUGAGAUGAAGGUGUCAUUCACGUGUGUGAACAGUGAAGGUGAUAUAGAGGAAGCUUGGUCCUCACAUCUUCUUUAGAGACCAACUGAACAGAUGGUGACAGAUGGUGAUGGAGAGGUGUUUGGAGGACCAGAACCAGACAGAAUCUCGGGGUCAGAUUGUCCUCCAGAACCAGAUAGUGAUGAGAAUACUGGAGACUCUUCUGAACCUGAGACUGAGGACAGUGAUGAUUGGAGUAAGACCAAACAACCUCAGUCAGGUUUAAACUCCCAAAAUAAUGAUGACGGUUCUGUCAGUGAUUCAAGAUGUAGAACAAGUGAGAAACAUUUAAUGUGUUCUGAUUGUAAGAAAACAUUUGGUUGCAUUAAGAAGCUGAAAAGUCCCAUGCUGACCCACAAAUUAGAGAAACCUUUCAGGUGUUUACAGUGCGGUAAAUGUUUCAGUAUGGGUGGAUAUCUGAGGAGACACAUGAGAUGUCACACAGGUGAAAAACCUUUCAGCUGUUUACAGUGCGGUAAAUGUUUCAGUAUAGGUGGAUAUCUGAGGAGACACAUGAGACGUCACACAGGUGCGAAACCGUUCAGCUGCUCAGAGUGUGGUAGUUGUUUCACUGAAAGUGGGAGUCUGAAGAGACACAUGAGAUGUCACUCGGGGGCGAAACCUUUCAGCUGCUUAGAGUGUGGUAAAUGCUAUGUUAGAAAUGGGAGAUCUGAAGUCCCACAUGAAGUGUCACACAGGGUAAAAACCUUUCAGUGGUAAAUCCAUCCAUCUAUCUUCAAACCGCUUAUCCUGCAAACAGGGUCGCGGGGGGGCUGGAGUCUAUCCCACCCUGGAUCGGUCGGCAGCCAAUCGCAGGGCUAACACAGACGAAAAACCAUUCACACAUCCAAACUAAGGGCCACUUAGAGUUCCCAAUCAACCUAAUCCCUAGCACAUGUCUUUGGACUGUGGGAGGAUGCCAGACUACCCGGAGAAAAUCAAUCAAACCUUUCCUGGUUAUCACCUUUGCGCACGCAAGUUAUAAAUACCCUCUGCAGAACUAUAAAGACGGACAGAUAUUUGCAGCUACUUUACAAACGAAUCUCAUAGACUUCCUCCCAGAAAUUCACAAGUUGUGUUUUAAUGUCACUAGGCUGCAUCCCUGUAGCAUCCAGCCUUCGGGGUAGACCCUGGGCUGGGUCCUCUAACAACUGCAUAGACUGAACCCAGCGGUCUCUGAAAUGGGAUGUCUGGCGUAUGGGGGGGAUUUAGUGUUUUUGUGUAAAUUCUGUUGUUUUGCAUCUUACGGUGGAUAAAAAUGCCAAAAGGCCUUUAAUGCGUUCUUCUUCCUCGUUUAUAUUGUUUUAAGGUUUUUUAAGAGAUAAGUUGCUAGGAUUUACUUUUUAUAUUCAUUGUCUUUUAAUCUGCUUUUUAAGGUGUAUAUUACAGCAAUGUUUUACUGCAUAGAUUUUUGUGAACCAUCACAUUGUGUAAAUAAUUUUGUUUUGGAUGUUAAGGUGCAGAAUUUCAGUUCAUGCAUUAACUUCUUCCUCUUGUUUAUAUUGUUUUAAUAUUUUUUAAUAUAUAAUAUUUUGGAUUUAGGUUAGAUGUUUUCCUGGUUAUUUUAAUAUUCAUUGUCUGUUAAUCUUCGUUUUGAGUACAUAUGUCUUUAUGUAUUAAGAAUGAAUACUGGAAUGAAAUCACACUCAUUUUACAUUGCUGGGUGAGAGAUGCUUAGAAGGCAAUGAAUUCAUUUUAUUUUAUCUUUUGCAGAAUUUAAUAAAUAUUUAA